UUUUUUCUCUCUGUUCGAUUUUUUUUGCAGUUGCUUUCGACAGCGCGAAAAAUUUGAAUGGCAAACUUGUUAACGAAGAUACGAAUGUUAUGUGCAGACCGAGAAGGCGCGAAGGAUGCUCUAUCUUCAUGGGCGGGAGGUGAUCGCGCAGAGGGAACGAGCGGCGGACAUGAAGCGAAGAAAUGGCGCGCUGAUUUAUAACAUUCUGCCGCCCCACGUGGCCGCGUAUUUCCUGUCGCGUGCGAGGCACCACGAUGAUCUCUACAGUCAGAGCUACGCCGAGGUGGGCGUGCUGUUCGCCAGUAUGCCGAACUUCGCGGACUUCUACAGCGAGGAGAGCAUCAACAAUCAAGGCCUCGAGUGCCUCAGGUUCCUGAAUGAGGUCAUCUCCGACUUCGACGCC